AUGGCUGAUACCGCCCAACGACACCCGAACCUUCACCUCACUCCUGAGGAAAAGCGCGUUUUCUUCCAGCUUUUCCAGGCUGCUGAUACCACCAACCUCGGCGUAAUCACUGGUGAAAUCGCCGUUCCAUUCUUUGAGAAGACUCACUUAUCCCCUGAUACUCUCGGCCUGAUAUGGCAAAUUGCGGAUAAAGAGAACAGGGGUCUUCUGACCCCGUCUGGCUUUGGUAUUGUUCUGAGGUUAAUUGGACAUGCCCAAGCUGGCCGCGCGCCUUCCGACGAGUUGGCUCUACAAUCUGGCCCUCUGCCUCGUUUUGAUGGAAUUGUGGUCGACACAACGGCAAGCAUCCCGGAAUCGGGAACCAAAAGCCCUCCACCUGGACCGGGUGGUCCUAUUCGUGUUCCUCCACUUCAGCCGGACGAUGCCAACAAAUUUGUUUCGCUGUUCGAGAAGUCGGACGUUAAGAAUGGGAUGAUCUCGGGUGAAAUCGCAAAACAGAUCUUCGAACGCGCCCGGCUUCCCAAUGAGGUUCUGGGUCGUAUCUGGUUUUUGUCUGACACCAAGCAGCGCGGUGCCUUGGAUGCCACCGAGUUCACCAUUGCCAUGCAUCUCCUGACAUCAUACAAAUCUGGUGCUCUACGCGGCAUUCCAGCGACCCUCCCACCUGGUCUGUACGAUGCAGCAGCUCGAAGGGGAUCCGCCUCGCGUGCGUCUUUUGGGCCGAGACCCGAUGUGCCCCCCAUCCCGGCCAUUCCCCAGCAAUUUACUGGCCCUCAGCGAACCACAAGCCCCAUGAACCAAGCCAAUCGUUCGCCUUUUGUAGGCUCUCUUUCCGCCCAGACCACUGGCGGUGACUGGCUGAUUACUCCACAAGAGAAGGCCCAGUUUGAUAGCAUUUUCGAGACUGUUGAUACAGCAAAUUUGGGACUUAUCACUGGAGACCAGGCUGUUUCUUUCUUCAUGAAAGCUCAGCUUCCCGAAGAAACCCUUGCUCAAAUCUGGGACCUUGCGGAUAUCGACGCAGAUGGCCAGUUGAGCCGGGAAGAAUUUGCCGUCGCUAUGUACUUGGUGAGAUUGCAGCGUAGCGGCAAGGAGCAGCUGCCACAAGUGGUACCUCCCGCGCUCAUCCCGCCCAACAUGCGCCGCCAAGUGCCGGCACCAGUAGCAGCUCCCACACCUCCCCAGGCACCCGCCCCAGCUGUUCGGACAGCUGCCGACGAUUUGUUCGGCCUCGAUUCGCCUGCACCGCCAUUUGCCCAGCCUCAGAUGCCUCAGUCUACCGGAGGCUCCAAUAAUGCUUUCCAAACCCCGGGGUCGCCUUCCUCUAGGGCAUCCCCUCAGACGGCAUCGCACACCUUCAAGCCUUUUGUUCCAACUUCUACAUUUGGCCAGAGCCUGCAGCCUCAGAUCACUGGUGCAUCAGCCGGAACCCCGGCCGCAGUUCGCUCCCCCCCACCUCCCUCGGAUGAUCUCCUUGGUGACAAUGACCCCGAAGAAUCAAGCAAGUUGACCAACGAGACCACUGAGCUCGCGAACUUGUCCAACCAAAUCGGUUCUUUGGCCAAGGAAAUGCACACUGUGCAGGAGAAGAGGACCUCUGCUGAACAAAACAUUACACAAACUUCGCAGCAGAAGCGUGACUUCGAGGCACGUCUGGCACAAGCACGGUCCAUGUAUGAGCAAGAGGUUACCAACUUCAAGGCACUUGAGGAGCGUCUUAAGUCAUCCAAGGCAGAGACACAGAAGCUGCAGCAGGAAUAUGCAUUGCUGGACGGCAGCCGCCAGGAUCUGCACAACCAAUACACGCAAGUUUCGACUGCCUUGGCUUCCGAUGAGCAGGAGAAUGCUAGCCUGAAGGAGAAGAUCCGCCAGGCCAAUGCCGAAGUUGCCCAGCUUAAGCCGGCACUAGAGAAGGCGCGAUCUGGUGCGCGCCAACAGAAAGGUCUUGUUGCCAUUAACAAAAAGCAAUUAGCUACCGUUGAAGGCGAACGAGACAAGCUCCAGGGUGAAAUUGACGGCCUGGCUAGUGAGACUCCACAGUAUUCUGAGGAGUCUGCGACACCGGCCGGCAGUGUGUCUGAGGUUGUAAGCCCUGCUGACUCUACGGCAAGCCAAAACACAAACCCAUUCUUCCGUCGAACAGGUAGCUCAAGUGAGCAGGCACGGUCCCCCGAUGUCUCGAAUGAUCAGCAAAGGGCAUUUGAUAGUCUCUUCGGACAGUCAUUCGCAGCUGCCCCUGCUGCUGGGCCACCACCCACUUCGUUCCGCUCCGAGUCGCCACAAGUUGCGGUCACAUCUCCUGGUACCUCAGCUGUUCCGACUCCAUCAGUCUCUCCUCCCCCUGGGUCUUUGCCUGGCGCAUUCCCUGCUGGGCCCUUCUCUGAGCCACCGCCUGCGACCCAGUCCCGCCAACUGACCCCAAACUUCCUGCAGUUCAACGAUAAUCAGUCCGUGACUUCGUCUACUAUGGUCUCACCUCCCGCCAGUCGAUUUGGUGGCCCUGAACCCUCUGGAUUUGAUACGCUUUCUCAGGCGGCUACCAGUGAGUAUGGACCUCAUUCUGUGGCCGAAUCCAGCGACUACAGUCGUGCACCAACCUCGACAGUUGGAGGUACCCCGGUUCGGUCUCCGUUUGAAGAGGAAGGACCAGACACCUCGGCUAGGCUCCCUGAGGCCCCAGCCGCAACUGCCCCAGCCGAGACUAUUCAGCUUCCCGAAUCUGCAACACCCCCUGUCGCCAAUGAGAGCCAGGUGGAAGGCAGCAAGGACCUAAGCUUCGAUGAACUGUUUGGCAGCAAGGCACACAAACGGUCGGAAUCCCAGCAAGGUAACGACUUCGAGGAGGCGUUUGCUUCUAUGAAGCACGUGCCUGGAGCUGAGCAGACAAAUGGAGGUGCAGCAGCCCGUCCAUCGGAAUUCCCCCUAUUCAAGAGCUACACCACGACGAUGAGGAAGAUGAGAGCUCCGAUGACGAAGAUGCCUUUGGGUUCGAUGACAAUUUCACGCCUCCCGUACCAGUUGCCAAAAAAGGAUACCCAGCAGGAUUCCAUUGACGCCGCUCAACUGGCUGCUUUCCCCGCCCCGGGAAACUCAGCCAAACCCCCGUCUCCUGGGGCACUGCCGAACCCUCCAGAGUAUGAAGGUCCCAAAGAAGAUAACGUUCAUCUUCCUCCUCAAUUCUCUGGUCUUUUGCCUGAUCGCGCUGAUCCCACCGUUGCACCGGAUGCACCUCAUUCACUGGACCACACCACUGGUGCGCCAGUCGUAAGCAACGAGACCCAACGAGAGUCAGUCUCGGAUGCUGCCAUCCCGGCCGGUGGAGCGAAGGUGGGGGGACCGGACUUUGAGGCAGCCUUCGCUGGAAUGAACCUUGCGCCGGCAACCGAAGCUGAUGACGAUGACGACGACGAGCCACAGAGUCAAGAGGCCAAAAACACGACCGACUUUGACUUCUCUUUCGACUCCCCGUCCCAGAAGCAGCAGGCUGUCUCCGGUGCCGAUGUUAGCCAAUCCAGCUCCUCUCAGUUCUUCGCUUUCGACAACAACGUCCACGCACCUGCCGCCCCACCUGUCGGAUCGCCUAGCGAGGGAGAAUCCAAGCCGGCUGCGCAUGAAUGGGACGCGUUAUUUGCGCCCCUUGACAACCCCAAGGCCGACACCGGUGAAAACCCGAACGGAGCGAAAUCCAAGCAGCCGGGAUGGGCUCUGAACAACGACACCGGUGAAGAUGACCUGAUCCUUCAGCGGCUGACCGGCAUGGGCUUCACGCGGGAUGAGUCUCUCGAUGCCUUGGAAAAGUAUGACUACAACCUUGACAAGGCUGCGGACCACUUGACUUCGAAGACUUGA